AGAACGUGCGCGCUGCAAGAACGAACAGCAGAUCCUGUUCGCCGUCUCUCAGUUCAAGAAGGGAAGAUCGACGAAGAAAUCUAAACGACCGUUAUGGAAUAAGCGCGCGACUUUUUCUUAGCGUACUUAGAAGGAAAGAAACGUUAGGGAAGUGUAUUUGUGGAUGCAUGUUGGGAUGAGCAGAUUUUUGUUUUGUUACACAAGUUUUAAUUUUAAAUAAUUUAAUAAUUUAUUAUCACCAAACCCACGAACAUCAAAUUCUAUUCAAAAGUUUAGUGUGUUGAGUUUUCGUUGAUUGUUAUACAAACCAAGUUUCAUUUGAAAUUCAAUCGAGUCAAAUCGAUAUCAAAACCCGUUAUAAAUGUUGAAGAUGUCAUUUUCGAAGGCAAAACUGAAGAGAUUUAACGACAUUCCAGUCGUUUCUUCUCCUUCACCGUUUGUCGAACCAAAAGAAAAAGAGCCCAGCAAGAAGUCCAAAAAGGAAGACAAAAUCAAAAUGGGCAGUAUGGAUGCUGAAUCCAUCAAAACCACCAAAAGCGCUCUAAGUUUAUUCAGAACGCCAUCUCUGCCACGUCGCCUCAAAUUUAAGCAUAUAUCAGACCUAACCCCGAAGAAAUCCUCUAAAAAUGAUAACUCAGAAAAGGCGAUUCGUUCCCUGGACCGUGAUCUAGAGCCUCUGGGAGCGAAGCCGCUUGAGAAAGGAGUCGAUUGUGGGGCAAAUAGCUCGAACCAAAAGGUGCCACCUAUCGUUCAGCUUUAUAACAAGAUCGAUAUCAAUAAAGAAGCACUUCAGCGAGCACGGCAUGAGAACGAACAACUGAAGGAACAGAUUCAAGAACUAUUAGCCGAGAAACGGAAGGCCGAGGUCGAUCGUUGCAGCAUGCUUGCGGAGAAAGAUAACCAGAUUAUGUUGCUCGAGAGGGAACUGACGAGCAUCAGUAAGGCCGAUGAGCUACUGCAGAGGAUUACCGAAGGUUGUUUGGAGAAGGUAAAGGAGAACGAGGAGGAAAUCAAGAGCUUGCAUAAGAAUUACGAGAAACAACUCGGUGAACUGCACGACUCGAAGGUUGAGCUGGAUUUAAAAUACGAGGUGUUGGAAGUGAAAUAUAACACAUUAUUGGAUGAUUUUAUCGUAGCAGAAGGUGAGAGUUACCUAUUGAACGAGGAGCUAAUGGCAAUGAGAGAGAUUUUGGAAGCGCAUGAUCUAGAGUUGCAAAAGAAGAUGAAUGAGAUUGAUAGUAUGGAGCGAAUGAUGCAACAACUGAAGACCGAAGGAAAUGAAUUGAAAGAGCAGGUGAACUAUUUCCGUGCACAAGCCGAAGAAGACAUGAUGAGAUACGUGGAAGAAGGUCGAGUAACAAUUCGUGAAAUAGAUACACUUAAAAAGGAAAACGAAAAACUUUUGGCGCAACUGAGCGAGAAAAACACUAUCAUCGAAGGAAUGCAAGAGGAGUUGAACGAAAAUCAAUUCGAAAUGGAUGAAAUUAGGGACGAAGUGAGAAAUGAUUUCAACCAAGAACUUAGCGCAUUGACGAAAAAAUUCGACCAGCAGAUCGCUACGAUGAGCGAAAUGAAUGAAAUGAAAGUUCGAGAGUGUGAGUCUGUUUUCGUACUAGAGAAAUCCAAGCUUAUUAAAGAGCAAACCGACAAACUGAAAAAACUUGAGAUGGAUCACAUGAGAGAAAUCGAGCGAAUUGGCGAACAGGCUGAGGAGAAAAUUAGAAUCUCCGAAGUUCAAAGCGAAGAAAGAAUUAAGGCAUUAGAGUUGUCAAUUCAAAACUCAAUAUCGAAUGCCCUCGCGAGCGAGAAGAUGCAUUGGCAGAAGGAGUUAGACAAAUGUCAGAAGAUCGCUGAAACGGAAAUUAUGCAAUGUGAAUUCGAAAAACGGGACUUGAAGGCUUUGUGGGAAGCAUCGAACGAAGUAAUCAAAGAACAUGAACAUAAAAUAAACGAGUUGGAAAGGAAGUUGAGGGCUGAAAUGGGCAGCUGCAGCAAAACGAAGGAGGAGUAUGAAAAUGAAAUCAAAGAAGCUAACAAAGAGAACACUCGACUGAAAACAGAGAAGUACAACUACCAGCUAACCUUGAACAAUACUCGAUCGACAGUUAAUAUUCUUAUGGACCGCUUGAAGAAAUCGGACGGAGAUGUUGAAAUGUUGAAGUGUGAAUUGGAAUCACUCAUCAAGAGCAAAUCGGAAAUCGAAACAGAGAACAACAAGCUUCGGGAAGAAAUGGAAGAAUAUAGGCGAGUGCUGACUGCUCUUCGUAUGUCUUCCAGUCAACUGGAGAAAGAAAUGCGUGAAAAAGAAGAAGUAUUUGAAAAGAUCAUGACAUCCGAGGAGGACGCCAUUAUGACAGUUUCACAAAUCGGGAAACUUUUCAACGAAAAGAUGGAAGAAAGCAUCUCUCGGUAUUUGGACAUGUACGAGGAUCUGAAGAAAAAAUAUGAUGCUCGUGAAGCAUAUAUUCAAGAUAUGAAAACUCUUCUGGAUGAAUUUGCUACCGGCAUUGAGCUUGCUCGAAUUGAACUCGAUACCAAGGAUAAGAAGAUAUUUGAUUUGGAAAACGAGAAUAAGGACAUCAAACUGGAAAAUAUGACGAUCAGGUUUAAAUGUGAACAGUUUGAAAAGUAUCAAAACGAGGAACGGUGUCCAGAGGCUUCUCCUAAAAUUCCGCACAGAGUUGAAGAUGAACAAAUUGUUUCAAGCUUCCUGAUAGAGAACAUUAUCAACCAGUUAGAGAAGAACAGUGAAGGUAAAAUACUCAGCAACGAACACAUCGAGUUACUCCAGGAUGUGAUAGAAUCCGAACAAGAAAAGGAUGAUACUCGAAUAUUCGAGCUGAAUGAGAAGCUUAAAUCAACCGAGGAAAAACUACACAUAGUGGAGCAGUUCGCUAAAGAAACCUCCGAUAAAUACAGUGAACUGUUGGAAAAACAAAACAAUCGACAAAAAACAAAACCCGUUGAGAGCAAUAAGGAUAACAAUCAGUUGAAAGCGAAAAUCGCCAAACUGCAAGAAAUCAACAAAAAACAGGAGAACACAAUCCUGGGACUACAGCAGCAACUAUCGUGCUACGACUCACCGCAGAAACUGAAUAUAUCGGGGAAGAUGUACAGUAUCGGUAGUCCGAAGACACCCAAGAAACUGAUUGCCUCACCUUAUCCUGGAAAGGAGAACCGUUCGCCGGCAACAGGCGUAUCUAAUGUGUACAGCCCUCGAGCAAAUGCAUUGCGCCCUAGAAAUAACUAACCUUCGACUAAUUUGAGUUAGAAAAACACCAUUACUUAAGUAAAAUCGAAUCGAAAGUGUUUACCCCUGCGGUUUGAAAUAAGAUUUAAAUUUAUUUAAACUCGGACAUGUUGAAAAAACUACUGAAAGGAUACAUGAACUAACUCAAUUGUAGAAACGUUUCCAUGUUCGCAGAAAACAUAAUAAUAAGGCAUUGAAUACUUUCAAUGAUAACUCGUGAUAACAGGACUUGAUAUAUUAUUUAAUACAAGUGGAUAUGAAAGGAAAUGUUCCUUCAGAAAUUCAGUAUAAAAAAUGUCAAAAGGAAAUAAUUACAAUCGCAACAAACAAAAAAAAAGGCUUCACAGUAAUUAAUACAAAAUUUA